CCAAUCUCCUACCCAAAACACUCAGACACUGUCACACAGCACAGUAAUCACUGAUCAAUCAAUCAAUCAAUCAGACAAUCACCUUCGCCUCCCCUCGUCCUGUCUCAGAUGAAAGGAACACAGACAUCUCCCAGCGCACAAUCCCAAGCCUGAGAUCUUCAGAUCUUUAAGAAAAACAAUGCUUGCUUGUUCGACUGCGAGCGGAAACCUCAACUUCACUUACUCACUACCUAAAUGAAUGCUUCCCUUUGCCUGUGAUCUUCGCUACCUUUCAUCCAUCGCUAGGAAGUAGGAACCAAUCACCAAUCACCAAUCACCAAGCCCACCCUUUCAUGCGCGAAACAGUCGCCUCUUGCACUCAGUAUCAUCGCCAUGGAUAAAUACACAAUCACAGACCCUGAAUAUGAUACUGAUACAGUCUCUUUGACCUCGUUUGAGCCCGAAAGCGGAGAGGAUGAGAAUGAGGAUGAUGUGUACUACGAAGUUGAAGACAUCAUUGCCGAGAAGACAAGUGAAGGCGAGACCUGGUAUCUGGUGAAAUGGAAAGGCUACCACAUGUUUGAAUGUACCCUUGAGCCAUCCACCAGCUUCGCAGACCCUAGGUUCUUGGAGACGUGGAAAAAGGUGCAAAAGGAGAAGGGAAGGGACUUUCAAUCGUUUUGUGAACGAAACCUUCUACUUUGGGACGAAGCAAAGGAACGAGCCAGGACCUUAAAAAACAAAAAGAGAGCCAAGAAACGCGAGAAACUGCGAGCAGCAACCAAAACCCGGGGUAUAGCUAGACCCAUAAAGCCCACAGUGAAACCAAGGAAAACACACACCCAAGCAUCUAAAGAGUCUCUUGUCAACGACAAAAAUAAAUACAAAGACAGCGAGAACGAGGACGACGAUGAUCAUGAUGCUCCCUUAGUCCGCCGACCGAAUAUUGCUCCUUCCCAACAACCGAAGUGGAGAGACUCUAGUGAAAUGCUCUUUGUCGAGGCGGCCCCUGAAGCUCGAAGAUUACCAUUCUCACAGUCAUCGUCAUCGUCUUCUGAAGCAGAGGACCCUGAUAGUGAUUCUAAUGGUAGUAGUGUUGAUUCGAUGAUGGAGGAGCUGUUCCAGAAUGCAAAGAAAGCGACCAAUAAAAAGGAUCAGCCACCAAGAUCAGCAGCAAUUUCCCAGCCCCCUCUAAAGAGGUCAGAGCAACGAAGUAAUCCUAUCUUGAAGAAUGUCGUACCCAAGACUAGCGUAGAAACAUCUACAGGCAGAAGAGGAGAUCUUUCCAAUUCGUCUUCAAAGGCCGCAGUAUUUCCAACCAUUGCGGAUCAGCUUUCGCAUAAGGAUGGACAAGUAGAACUUGGAAAUCCAACUAAGGAGACUCGCAAAGAACCUCGUCGAAACUCUUUACGAAGCGAAGGGGCGACAACUAAAAGCCAGAUAAAGGCCCCCACGAAGCUUAAAACUGGUCUCGUAGAUAAGCCCAUCAAGAUGUUCAAUGAGCCUAAAUCCGCAAGUGUUGCUACAAGUAAAGAACCUAUUGGUGGCGCUUUAAGAAGAUCGUCACAUGAUGGUCCAGCAACGUUCUAUGCCAAGAUGUCAACCAAGUGGAGAGCUGAACGUAACUCACGCAACGAAUCGACACCGGACUCAUCUGCUUUGCAGUUCCUGAAUUCAGGUCAAUCGGCAUCAUCCAUUGUGCCGCGGCCGCCUUUGAGGACCCAUGCAUCUGAUGAGAAUCCAUAUGCCAGACGCGAAGUAGGCCGCCGUCGCAUCCAGGAAGAGCGCUCGGACGAUGAAUCCGACAAAAAAUCCAAGGAAAAGCCUGUUGUCCUUACGGAAUCCGAACUAGGUAAAAUACCUCUUACGUGCUGGGAGUGGCGAAAUGGAAGCUGUUAUAAGAGGGAGAAGUGCCGUUACCUACAUCGUGACACGGGGAAGCUUGCGCCUGUCAAUGGGUCGAUUCCCCCUAAAUAUAUGAAUCCGCCUCAGACGUGUUUUUGGUGGAUGACAUUAAAGGCUGGAUGCAAAUCCAGCGAUGAGGACUGCAACUUCGCCCACAAGAACACCGGGUUGUUAGCAAGGCCAGAUGGUUUCCCGCCUCAGGAAAUGGACCCGACGAUAAUUCCAGUUUGGCAAAAGAUGAAGCUUUCGGAGCUGACCUGUUGGUACUGGAAGAAUCUAGGUACAUGUAAAAAGCCUGCAGAGAAAUGCAAAUACAAGCAUUACGAUACAGGCACCGUGGCUGAUCCAGCCCCAAACCACAAGCAUUACGAUACAGGCACCGUGGCGGAUCCACCACCAAACCCAAACCCAAACCCAAACCUAAAAAGACUGAUCUGCAAGAGGUGGAAGAGUGUCAAUGGAUGCAUGUUUGGGGACACUUGUAGAUACCUACAUAUUGACCCUUUCCCCACGGAAGACCAAGGAGAGCCCAUCAGCCAGAAUCAAUCCGAUCCAGUAGAGCCGCCAGCAAACAACCAGCCUGUGCCGCCAACAAAUGACCAACGCGCGCCGUCGACAAAUAAACAACCUGCACCGUCAACAAAUGACCUGUAUACUGCUCCGCCCAAAGAUAGGAGGCCAUCGAGGUUCGGACCAGAUCUAGUGCCAGAACAAGGAAUGCAGGAAGGUGACGGCAGUCUACUGACUGGAAAUAUAUUGACGAGGCGUCACUCCACCAAUGAUGUUAACCGACCGCAACAAAUAGUUCCAAAUCGCUCUCCACACCUUCAACGGGAUCUGAAGGAAAGAAUUGAAGGAAUAUUCAAUAUCGAGUUCGAUACAAUGUUCGAAUGGAAUUCCAAUAGCAAGAAAACGGAUGCCAAUUUGGGGCUCAUGGAUCGGGUGGCUUUUCUGAUCUUUCACCCAAGCGACCAGGCCGAAGAGUUGGAAUUGCUUACUAGAUGGUUGCUGAUGCACAAUGUCGAAGUCUGUAGUUUCUGGGCCGAGGGUUCGUGGAACUACUUUAAGGACAAGAUGCUCAAUGGUGGCUCUGGGGUCAUACUGACUCAUCCCGACUUCCAGGAAUGGUGGAAAGUACCAGAAUUCGGAAGGAUUCUGAGUUCACAAGUACGCAUCUAUUCGAUCAAUCCUCGGUCUUCACUUGACGGCAGUGAUGCGCCUGAAGCAGCAUACGAGUGCGUAGAGAUAUUUCCUCACGGUGGCUUUAUAUACAUUUCGGACGAGGUGUUCCAAGAGCAACCUGUAGAGGCGCAGAAGAUCAUCAAUCUCUUCUGUAACAAAGUAGUCCGGUGUGGGGAACUCGAGGGUCCUACUGACACCCAGAAGAAAUUUAGCGACGGAUGCUUGAUCUGGAGACUUGCCUUGAUGCCUGAUUUUUUGGAAGCUCUGGUACAAUGGUGUGAGGAUCGAGAAUCUGAAAUGCAUACGCCCAAAAUGCAGGCGCUCGCCAAAAUCUACGACGAGUUGUCCUUCUACGACUACAUCGAGCAAAAGUCUCAACCCGCAGACGUUGAACGACCCCUUGACUACUAUCCAAUCCUGUCUGAAAAUCGCGAGUUCGUGCCCGAGUACUACGAGCGACUUGCCCGUAGCCAGGAGGAAGCGAAUCGAUGGUCAAUUGAGCUGUACAUUCAAGUACUCAUUGAACUCAGACGGGAGUAUCGCCAAUUCAUAGUUGUACAUACAAAAUCGGCAGAGGUUGGCUGGCAGAAUCAGUACCAGAACAUUGCCGAGAUCAUCACACCAGCGAAGUUGAUCCAGUACCUGGAGGAGCCGGACCGCGAAGGGAUGCCUAUAGAUUUUUUCCAUUGGGCAAUGCCGGAGAAAGCGAUGGUUGAAUGAAUGAAGGAUACCCUAACCAUGCGCUCUGUAUGUACACGAACAUGCACGGAGCGUGUGCGAUGUUUGCAAAAGCUUGAUGGUAUAACUGGGUAGUUUCAUGUUCACUUAGGCCCAGUAAUGUUUUGUACGAAUAGGAUAAUAAUGAAAAAAUCCCGACGACACGUC